UGCGCUGGCUGAAGAGAAGAAUAUACAAAAUUCAGAGAUACAGAUACAGAGAUUUUUUUUGUGAUUUUUAUUUUUUGUUGUUGUUUGUUUCAUAAUUUAGCAAAUGGAAAGAAUUUUAUAUAAACUCAAUUUUGUUAUGAAAUGUAUUACAAAUUUGCCGCUAUGUCUACAAAUGUGCGUUUAAAUAGAAAAAACAUUUUUGUAAGGUGCAUGUAGCCAAUUACUUACGUACUAGAUACUAUAGUGUUUGGAGUGACAUUUUUUUUUUUUUUUUGAAAAUAGUGCCAAUUUAUAUUUAGAUGAUUUACCUGAGCACUCAACGUGCUACAGUCUAUCCUGGGAAAAUUUAUAUUAAUUCAAAUCGGGAAAUGAAAUAUUCCACAAUGGAUUUUGAUAAUGAAUCAACUUUUGAGGAAUUUACGGAUACCAUUAGUAACUUGGAAUUAGAGAAAGAAAAAGACUUGCCAGCCCUUACUUGCGUCGAUCUAUUCCCAGAUCCACCACAUUUGGCAGCUGCAGAACCACAAGUUAAGCCAGAAGAAGACGGAAGUUUAGCUGACGAGGAUGAAUUUCCAGGUUUUAGAUCAGCUGAACUUAAACCGGAAGAGAGCCAAAAUGAAAACACAAGUGAUAGCAUAAAACCACCAUCUGAAUCACAAGACGAAAAGUCAUCGCCAUUAGAAUCAAUCGUCGAACAACGCACAGAAGAUCAAUUAAAAAGCCCCGCUAUCAGCACUAUCAGCAUUGCAAGUGCACCAGUUUCACCGGCUGCAUACUUCUCAUCGGCUGAAAGUGUUGCCUCAACUGGAUCGUUUUCGAAAAAAUCCAAAAAACGUUACUGCCGUCAAUGUGAUCAAUAUUUUCGAAAAACUCGUGAACUUCACGAACAUCUUAAACAGCAUGUUUCUAUGCCAGAGAUUCGUUUAGAAAGACUAAGUGAUGAUCAUGAAAAAGUCAAAGAAUAUUUAAGCUCAUUAAGUUCAAAAGAAAACUCAAAUAAUGGCGGUCUCAAAUUGAAAUUGAAAUUGCUGAGUUCGCAAAAUUUUGAAGUUGUUCCAUCACCGAAAGCUACGAAACCUGCUCAAGGAGAAGAAGCCCGUAUUCGAGUUUUGAAAGCUUCAGAUAUUAAGUGUAAGACGGAAUUGAAUGAAAACGCUCCACAAGAUCCCUACCAUCAGACUAUGAGUCCGAAAUUGCCAAAUUCAUUUCUUACUCCAGAAAAUAAAUAUUUCGAGUGUCCCACAUUCGAUGGGCUUGAUGGUUUUGCUGAAGACAUGAACAAUACCAACGAAGCUACUGAUGAUUUGUUGAAAAAACUACUAGAAAAUAAUAAGGAACAACAGCCAUUUCCUAGAGAAGGAGAAUGGCCAUCCGGUGCCAAUGAGUUUAUAUCUAUAGACAGCCUAGCGCCGCGAUGCAAUGUUUGUAAUGUGAAUUUCUCUCAUCCAAAAUAUCUGUUUGAGCACAAACAGCUCACCGGUCAUGACUAUCCUAAUAGAAUGGCCGAAAAUCAUCCACAUCCAAAUUCACAUCCGGACUAUAGACACCAUCCGCAGAGCAAUUAUAUGCAUGGAAUGCCGCCACAUCCUGGUCAAAAUAUGGCUCCUCUGUAUCAACUCGCUCAGAUGCGAGGUAACUUCCACAAUUACGGACCGCGAAUGAAUGUGAGGCAAGUUAUGCAUCAUCAUCCGCAGCCGUCUCCGCCACCAGGAUUUCAUCCUUCCCAAGGUAUGAUGACGCGCACCCCACCACCCCUUUAUCGAGUCAAUGGAAACCCUGCUAAUUAUCCACCAGCUCAUUUUAUUGAAAAACGACCUGAGCUAUACGGCCCCGGUUCUAGCCAGGGUCAUGGUGCGCCCGGUGGACCACAACAGCAUCAUCCACAACAUCAACAACAGCAUCAUCCACAACAUCCACAACAGCAUCAUCCACAGCAUCAUCCACAGCGUCAACAACAGCACCCACAGCAACAUCCACAACAGCAUCCACAACAGCAUCCACAACAGCAUCCACAACAGCAUCCACAACAGCAUCCACAACAGCAUCCACAACAGCAUCCACAGCAGCAUCCACAGCAGCAUCCACAACAGCAUCCACAACAGCAUCCACAGCAGCAUCCACAGCAGCAUCAACAACAGCAUCCACAACAGCAUUCACAACAGCAUCCACAACAGCAUCCACAACAGCAUUCACAACAGCAUCCCCAACAGCAUUCACAACAGCAUCCACAACAGCAUCCAUCACAACAACAACAUGAUCCUGAUAUGAUGCGCCAGCCUAUUUUUUUGAAGUCUCGGCUGCAGAAAGCUAUUCGAGGACGAGCACAAGGCCCAUCAAAUGAAUGUCGUACAUCACCGGGGAUUCUUACGGAACAAACAGCCAUAAGACCAAGAUUCCUGGGUCCAACACCUCCAAUGCCUGGUCAGAUGCAAUUUCAAAGAGCUCCGGGUCCAACCCCACCGCGGCAUCAGGGAGAGCCCCCAGUUAAACGUAUUAAACUCGAAGGGCCCCACUUCUCAUCUUCGUCUUCCUCGUCUCCAAAUGGUAUAUCCUCUCCUGGAAUCAGUAAUUCACCUGGACUGCCGGUUAUUCAGAGCGUUCAUAGUGGUGUUAGCAACUUCCCACCAUUAAGCGAAAAACCCAAGUCAUCAUUAAACAGCGAUUCCGUAAGUCCGUCUUCCAAAGGCCCCACUAAAAACCCAAAAGACGUUGCCAAUAUACUAGCUACCAGAGGAAUAACAGUUACACAUAAAGGAAAGACAUCGAUCGUUCCAACGGCAAGCAAAGGUGCAAAUUCAGCAACAGCUGCACAAGAAGCUGUACAAAAGCUUCAAGCUAACAAUUCAGUUAGUAUAAUUUCUAAAAAGAAACCCAUCGAAAUUAAUGUAACAAAGGUGCCUGCAUCUGGUCCUGAUGGUAGUGGCAAUCGGAUCCCGGCCAAAUUUCUCUCCUGCCCUGUUAUCACGUGUAAGGAAAAGUUCCUCACUAUUGAAGGUGUUAAUCGUCACGCUUUUCGGUGGCAUGGGAUUCCAAUGCCAAAUGUAGAUCGGAAUCAAAAGCGCACUGUGCGAUGCCGGGAAUGCAAUCAGCUAUGUGCUACACCCGAAAGUCUACAAGAACAUAUUCGGCGUGAACAUGAGCCAAGUGUUAAUGAAAUUGGUAUACCUAUUGUGGAUUUGCGUAAUGAUGAAGUAAAAAGAAAACUAGCAGGAUUGGGCAUUUUCAAUUAUGUACCGCUAACUGCGGCUGGAGCUAGUACAAGUUCACUGGCAUUCCCAGUGGUUUCAGUACAGGGAGCAUCGAAUCCAAGUAUUUGUAAUCUUUUAGGCUUAGGUGCUAGUUCAGUGCUUUCGUUAGGACCUAUUAAGUCGAUUGCGAUACGAAAGACAAAUAAUAAUGACAAAAAGUGAAUACUCAGAUCGGACAAAUAAAGUAUUGGAGGAAAUUUUGUUAACUAUACAUAAAUAAUUAGAUUAAGUUUUUUUCUAUUUAUAAAAAAAUAAAAUAAGCUAUAUUAAUAGUUAAAGAAUGAAAA